AAUAUGCAUACACAUUGAAAGUGGACGAGAAAAGUGAUGUGUAUAGUUUUGGAGUGGUGCUGCUAGAGCUUCUCACCGGAAGAAGGCCGGUGGGCGGCGAUUUCGGCGAAGAAGGGCUAGACAUAGUUCAAUGGACAAAGCUCCAAACAAAUUGGAACAAAGAGAAGGUGGUGAAGAUCCUUGAUGAGAGGCUAAACCAACACAAUAAAAUCCCAAUGGAAGAGGCAAUGCAAGUGUUCUUUGUGGCAAUGUUAUGUGUUCAAGAACAAAGUGUGGAGAGACCAACCAUGAGGGAAGUUGUUGACAUGCUUGCACAAGCAAAACAACCAAACACAUUUCAAAUAACAACAAUAUGAUGAAAAAAGUGUAUGUCUAGGGUUUAUGUUGGGUUUAAUUUUUAUCACUGCUAGUAACUCAAGGUGCGUGUUUGGUUUGCGUUUUUAUUUUUUGUUUUUAUUUUUAGUAUUUUCUAUUUUUUAAGUUUUAUGAAAAAAAAUUGUUUUCACCUUUUUUUUCGUAAAAUUCUGAAAAUAGAAAUUAUUGAAAAUAAAAGAAAUAAAAAUACGAACCAAACACACUUUUAAUUUUGUUCUUUGAGUUUUCAAUUUUCUGUUUUUUUUUUUAUUUUAACUUUUAUUAACACUUAUUAGCACUAGAGUGAGAGUGAAGCAAGAGAAAUGUGUUGUGAGAACAUUUUGAAAAAGUCACUAUAUCUAUAGUUGGACCAUGAUAAAUUAGACAAAGAGAGGGGGUGGGAUCAAUGUUAAUACCAAAACUCAAGUUUGUAUCAUACAUUGGGAUUGAGAAUGAAGUUUGACUUCUUGGUUUGUGUUUGCUAA